GUUGACGUGUCGAAAUGUCGAUCGACGCGACGUUUACAGAAAGGAGCCAGCUCUAGCCCUUUUCCUUUCCUCUCCCUUUUCCAUCAUGACCGACCUCGCGACCUCUCUGCGACUACUGCUACGCUCGUCGGACGACGUCAAGUUUACGCUCGUUGCGUCGGCCCUGAUACCAUCGACGACCGAAGGUGACGAUGACGCGACCACAUUACAGAACAAGAGAAUACUUGCGGUACUAUCACAUAGGGAUGAGUUGGAUACCCUUGAGGAGGGAGGUGUAUUCGUACUCAAGCAUCACCCUUCACAGUAUGGUGCCGCCGAUACCCUGGAUAUCCAGCGCGUCUUCCCUAUAUGCGACGGGUUUUCGAUGACCAUGGCCCAAUUGCGCCGCGAAACCAUUGAUCUUCGUGCUUCGUCCUCAGCUCUGCGUCCUCGAUCUGGGUUUAAGUUGACCAUAAAUUCCGAUGGAGAAUCUCUAUCGUUCAUUACCUAUGAUGUCCAAGGAUUGACGAGCAUGCUGGCUGAGUGUAGGCGUCUGAAGAAAAUUUCGGACAGCCUAGAAUCGUCGCCCGCGCAGACGUAUUCAUGGUUGGCUCCGUACACCUCAGAGCAUUCUUCACUUCCUAUAUUCCUGUCGUCCCCGCCUGAUGUUCGCCUGUUAACGCAGCCUCUCCAUACUCGUCUAUCUUCGGCCAGCGCGGGACUACCCGGUGACGAUACCGACGACAUUCUGAUAAUACGGGACGAUUGGGUCCGAAGGACAGCGAGGAGCAAGGUCAGGAAGGGACGGCGGAGGUUGAGUAUACGCCUCGGAACCUUCAACGUGAACGGCAAAGAUCCAUCGCAAGACCUGUCCUCGUGGAUUCAAGGAAAUGACACAAAUGUUCACGGUUUGAGGAUGAUACCUCCUCUGAAGGAUAUUUCGCCGCUGUCAAUGGGAGAGGUGGCCCGAAACCCUUUGGAUAGUGCUGCUGAUGUUCGAUCAUCAAUCUCAGUGCCGCCACCAUCGACAAUUACGUCGACUUCAAGCACCCCCGUCCAUUCAACGGCUGUUUCCUCUCCAUCUUAUUCUUCUGCUUCUUCUACACGCGUCAUUCGAUCUCCUUCGCCACCUCCCUCUACCGCAUCCUCGACGACGCUAGAACCGAUACCCUCUGCUUCAACAUUUACGACUUACACAUAUACCCAGCCAUCUGAAUUGUCUUAUACCCCAUUGGAUAUAGAUCAGGAACCUGAAGCUGACCCAAUACCGCUUGACCCGGAUCCAUACACGCAAAACCAACCUGAUAUUUUCGUACUUGGCUUUCAAGAGCUUGACCUGAGCACGGAAGCACUCAUCUAUUCCACCGGGACUGUGAAGGAAGAUGCAUGGCGCAUGGCCGUCUUUGCAGCCCUGGGUGAAUGGGGAGAGCAUUAUGUCAAGUUGGUAUCGAAGCAACUCGUCGGAAUGCUUAUCAUAAUCAUAGUGAAGGACAGCCUCAAGGAUUGCUUCAAGGACGUGAGGACGACUGCCGCAGGUGCCGGCAUUAUGGGAAUCAUGGGAAACAAAGGUGGCACCGCGAUUCGACUGGCUUUCACUCCCCCACCUACUGAAGGCAUAUUAACCCAAGGACCAACCAUACUAACUUUUGUGAACUCUCACCUUGCUGCCUUCGACGUGAUGGUCGACAGACGAAAUGCCGAUUACGCUGAUCUGAGUAAACGUCUAGUUUUUGGAGGACCUAAUAUUGGUGACGCGAUGACUCUGUGGGAAAGUGACGCCGUGUUUUGGAUGGGUGAUUUGAAUUACCGCAUCGACCUGCCAGACUUGGAUGUAAGGGCCAUAUUAUUGGAGAAGUGUUGGGAAGGGUCUAGAUUUGAGACUCUGCUACCCUAUGAUCAACUGAAGAAUGCCAUCUGUUCGCAGAAGGCGUUUGAUGUCUUUACAGAGUUUCCCAUUACGCAUCGCCCAACGUAUCGUUUCAGUCAGGGUGUACUAAUCGACUCGAUGGGAUACGAUGUGAAGCGCAAACCAGCAUGGACGGACAGAAUUCUCCAUGUUUUCUCCCCCACACAUGUACGGGUCAAACAAACCAGAUACGGUGGACAUCACGAGAUAACAAUGAGCGACCACAAACCGCUGAGUGCUGAUUUUGUGGUUGAUGCUGAUGUGUACGACAAGAACCAUACACUCGCAAUGGCAAAGACAUUGUAUAGGCAGCUUGAGGAUAUCGAGUCCCAGGCGAACUUGAAGGUUAAGGUUGAGCCAAGCGGAGUGAGUCUCGGAAGGGUAUCAUAUAAACGAAGACGAACCCAUACCCUUCAGGUGAAGAAUCUUGGGAAGGUUCCAUGUACAUUCCGCUUUGUGCCCAUAGAGCCUGGUGCCGAGCUCUAUUCCUCUUGGUUACGUGUAGAGCCUAUUACUGGCCUUAUAAUGCCUAUGUCUAGUGUCGAAAUCACGAUCGCAGUACAUGUAGACGAAAAGUCUGCCGUUCUACUCAAUGAGGCUUAUCUAACUCGCACAAGUAACCGUCAACAGUUGGACUGCACCCUCAUCCUUCGCACAUUAGGCAGCGGUGGCAAGGACAGCUUUGUCGUGGUUGGAGGGGAAUGGGAACCGACAUGUUUUGCCGUUCCUCUGGCUACACUGACCCGACUAUCUGGGCCCAUAUCACAGCCUCAAUCAAGAUUGCUGGAAGAGGGCCAAGGGGCCAAUGCGCCUAGAGAGGUGAUGCGGCUCGUUGAAUGGUUGAUGGCGUGUCCGCGGGAAGCCCUUCAAACUAAUGCCUUGUUUUCCUCUCAUCCGCCUAGUGCCGUUACAGAGAUGCGGAAAUGCCUGGACGCUGGCGCUCGCUUCCCUUCCACUAUAUCCCCCUCUUUGGCUUUAGCAACGCUUUUAGCGUUGUUGAGCGCGUUGCCUGAAAGUGUCAUGCCGCGCGGCGUGGAUAUACUCAAUGUCACGGAUCGGGAGGCCGCUUUUGAGGUUCUGGAAACACUGCCGACGGCGAAUGUUAAUGUGUGGAUAUCAGUUACAGCGUUUCUGCAUUACAUUGCGCAGGAAGAUGAUGUAAAAGACCCUGAUGCUGGUGAAGGGCCGAAGCAGAACGAGAAAGCGGCGAGGAUAGCUGCUAUCUUUGCUCCUGUUCUUGUGCGGGAUGUCAAUGAAACAAGCCCAGUGAGGAAGUGGGAAUUUUUGAUGGAUUUCAUCGCGUAGGAAGGAACGAAGGUGUAGGUCUCUUAUCUGUCGGGGUAUGACCUUUAUACGACUGUCGGAAAUGAGCAAGCCUGGGCAAACAGACCGUGUGACGCAAUACAGCCGUUUUCCCCUGUCCACAGCUUACCUCCUAAUCACC